AUGGAAUACGACGCGGAUAAACCCCUGCUACGCGUUGUCGGUUUCGAAUAUUUUCCGAAUCCACAGGUUCGUUUAUCCCUGAUGCUGGCGGCCUCGCUUUCCGAGUCCGACCAGCAAAGAAACUACCGCCGAAUUGAAUUGCAUACCCGCGUCCCGACUGGCCUGGGUAUGGGUAGCAGCAUGGCAGCCUUUUGA